UUGGUUUUCUAAGCUGGCAAACGGUCACACUGGCGGACAGGUUUUUCUUUGGCGAACAAUUAACAUGGACAAUAACAUUAUCCCGCUCAUAAUCGUUUUCUAGCCGCUUAAGGCCAGGUGAGAUCAUCAUCAUCGCUGGCCGUGAAAUGCGCCUGAAGAUGCUGCCGUGGAAAGCGUGAGAAGUAGCAGGGAAAUCGCUGGAAAGUCAUUUGCAACGAAGUACUUAAAGUAGAUGAAACUGAACUGAAUAUGCCGAUCCUGCCAAUGCUCAUUGGGGUACUGCACUUGUCCCUGGUGCAGGCCCAUCAGGUGGAUGACGCCAAGCACCUGGAUGGGUUCACCCUGCCCAGCCUACCCUCGGAACACCUCAUCCGGUACCUGAACACCUUUCCCAAGCUGAAACAACAGCUGCCCACGAAUCUCACUGGUAAGGGCACCAUUUCAUCAGCCUGCUGGGGACACGAGCGGGACUGCACGCCAGCUGGCCGCUUUCAGACGCCCCAGUGCCCUGGGGAGCACACCGGCUGGGCUAGGAGCAAGGAGGCACAGGUGAGGACCUUCUACAACCAGGCCGACUUCGGGUACAUCCAGGAGCAGCUCUCCCAGCUGACGCCGCAAUGUGUGCCAACCUAUUUGGGCGAUUCCUCGCUAGAGUGCACGCACUAUCUGCGCUUUUGUCGGGGGCGGAAUCUCCUCUUCGACUUCCGGGACUUAGUGCACCGGGAAGAGCGCAUUCGCUACCAUAUGGAUGUGCUGGGACCAGGACAGCUCCUGGGGCACUGCAAGCUGAAUCGAACUCGGCUCGCGGGCGAAAUGGAGCACAUUGGAUCCGCUCUGCAGUCUUGGGGUCCGGAGCUGCGCAAUUUUGAUGUCUUACCUCAUCCCGUACUGGAUAGCGGGCUCUGCGAUGUGGUGGUGAAUACGCCCACUUUCAUCAUGAAAAUCGAUGCCACGUACAACAUGUAUCAUCAUUUCUGCGACUUCUUCAACCUGUAUGCCUCGCUCUUUGUCAACCAGUCGCAUCCGGCCGCCUUUAACACCGAUGUGCAGAUUCUUCUUUGGGAGACCUACCCGUACGAUUCGCCCUUCAGGGACACUUUCAAGGCCUUCUCGCAAAGACCGGUGUGGACACUCAGCGAUGUGGAGGGCAAGCGGGUAUGCUUUAAGAACGUUGUGCUGCCGCUGCUUCCCAGGAUGAUCUUUGGCUUGUUCUACAAUACACCCAUAAUCCAGGGCUGCUCGAAUAGUGGUCUGUUCCGCGCCUUCUCCGAGUUCAUCCUGCACCGUCUGCAAAUUCCUUACAAGCCGCCACAGGAAAGGAUCAGAAUAACAUAUCUAUCGCGCCGCACAAAGUACAGGCAAGUGCUGAAUGAAGACGAGCUGCUGGCCCCCCUGGAGGCCAACGAUAAGUACGCUGUGCAGCGUGUGUCCUACGAGAGGCUCUCCUUCACCAACCAGUUGGCCAUCACACGGAACACGGACAUACUCAUCGGCAUGCAUGGCGCUGGCUUGACGCACUUGCUCUUCCUGCCCAACUGGGCCUGCAUUUUCGAGCUGUACAACUGCGAGGAUCCGAAUUGCUACAAGGACUUGGCUCGCCUUCGGGGCGUUCGCUACCGGACUUGGGAGCAGCGGGAGUUGGUGUAUCCGCAGGACGAGGGUCAUCACCCCGAGGGCGGCGCACACGCCAAGUUCACCAACUAUAGCUUUGAUGUAAAGGAAUUUGUGAAUCUCGUCGAUGAAGCCGCCAAGGAAAUUCUAUCCCACAAGGAAUUCCCUCGCAAGACAUCAGAAAAUCCCUCCACAACGCAGCACAACGAGCUGUAGUUUGCCUCAAUUGUGAUUAAAUGCAUUUAUUUUGCUUUAUGCCAGACCCAAAAUAAAUCGGUAUUAUACAGAAGAA